AGCAGCUGAGGAGAAGCAAAACAAUAACAACCAAAAGGGCCAGUUGAGCCGCGUAUCACUGCACUGUGGCUGAGCUGACUGCGGUCUCAUAGUAAAAGGCGCAGACUCACACACAAACGCCAAAGAAUCCGUCCCACCACGCUUCCUCUUCUCUUUUCCUUUCUUCUUGCGUCUUUCGCAACUUUUUGCAGACUUGCCUCCGAUCGCAGCUCCUCUUAUUUUUGUCCCCUCUGUCUCUCGCAGAUUUUAUCGGUGUCUUCACAGCUCAUGGCUAGCUUGUCCCAAGCGCGUGUCGCGCGCUUCACCUCUCGAUGGCUCACCGAUGAACUCAACAACUUUGCCCGCUCCGGCAACUGGGAGGGUGCUCUGCAGACCUUCGAGCAGCUGCAGCAAUCAAGCCUGGUGCACCGCAAUGUGUACCACUACACGACGGUGCUGAAGGCAUGCAGCCGGGCUGGGCAGAUGGACGCCGCCAUGACAGUGUUCCGCCAAAUGAAAGCGAACCAGGUGAAGCCGAACGUGUACACCUACACCACUCUCCUGAAUGGGUGCGCCGUGGCGAAGAAGAUCGACUUAGCGCUGCGGCUCUUCGCCGAAAUGCGACUGGCUGAGGUGCCGCCAAACGUGCGCACCAUGACGGCGCUCGUCACGGCCUGCGCGCGCUGUGGGAAGUGGGAAAAGGCGUUCCGGGUGCUUGACCAGUGCGAGGAGCUUCUGAUUGCCCCGAACGUGCUGACGUACACGGCCGCCAUGGACGGCUGUCGCCGCGCGGGUGUAUGUGCGCCGGCCAUUGCUCUCUUGGAAUCGAAGAUGACCGACCCGAGCCAGGUGCGGCCGAAUGAGGUGACCUACAAUACACUUCUUGGUGCCUGCACGGCGGCGAAGGACUACGAGGCGGCGCAACGCGUGUUUGCGCGUAUGGUGGCAGACGGCUACGAGCCAAUUGAGUACACGCGUGGGUUGCUCGCAGAUGUGUUUCGUGGCACUCCGUUAGACGGACUUGCUGACAACAUUCCGGUGCGUGUCAAGCCUCCAAAGUGGGAGGCGUACGUGCCGGACUCUGAUCCUGUCACCGCGAUGCGGGCUACUCAGGAGGAAGCGUCGUAA